CCCCGCUCUGCUGCUGCCGCCGCUGUCGCCCGAGAAGGAUCGGGGCCGGGCCGGACCGGGCCGGGAUGGUCCCGGUCGGGAGGCCGCCGCCACCGCCGCCCGAGGGAGCGGGCCACCCAGUGCCGCACUGAGCCGCCUCCGUCCCCGCUCCGCCCCGGCCCCGGGGGAUGCGCCGCCCCGAGCCGCUGCCUCCGCCGCCGCAGCCGCAGCCGCAGCGGGCACAGAGCAGAUCCCUCAUGGCACACCAUGACCUGUUGAAGAUGGUUUCCCCGCCUUCACUAUCCCAUGCUGCCUGGAUGGCCUGGAUGGCCAGACACAGGAGGCCUGGGCAAUGAGCCCACCCCAAGUAAACUGAGGCUCACGGAGUUCCUGCCCCAUCCGCAGGUAGAUGGCCCCCUCAGGGCAGGCCCUGCGGACACCCCUCCCUCCGGCUGGCGAAUGCAGUGCCUAGCGGCCGCUCUUAAGGACGAAACCAACAUGAGUGGGGGAGGGGAGCAGGCCGACAUCCUGCCGGCCAACUACGUGGUCAAGGAUCGCUGGAAGGUGCUCAAAAAGAUCGGGGGCGGGGGCUUUGGUGAGAUCUACGAGGCCAUGGACCUGCUGACCAGGGAGAAUGUGGCCCUCAAGGUGGAGUCAGCCCAGCAACCCAAGCAGGUCCUCAAGAUGGAGGUGGCCGUGCUCAAAAAGCUGCAAGGGAAAGACCACGUGUGCAGGUUCAUCGGCUGUGGCCGGAACGAGAAGUUCAACUACGUGGUGAUGCAGCUCCAGGGCCGGAACCUGGCUGACCUGCGCCGCAGUCAGCCACGGGGCACCUUCACGCUGAGCACCACGCUGAGGCUGGGCAAGCAGAUCCUGGAGUCCAUCGAGGCCAUCCACUCCGUGGGCUUCCUGCACCGCGACAUCAAGCCGUCAAACUUUGCCAUGGGCAGGCUGCCCUCCACCUACCGAAAGUGCUACAUGUUGGAUUUCGGGCUGGCCCGGCAGUACACCAACACCACGGGGGACGUCCGGCCUCCUCGGAAUGUGGCCGGGUUUCGGGGGACCGUUCGCUAUGCCUCGGUCAAUGCCCACAAGAACCGGGAGAUGGGCCGCCACGAUGACCUGUGGUCCCUUUUCUACAUGCUGGUGGAGUUUGCAGUGGGUCAGCUGCCUUGGAGGAAGAUCAAGGACAAGGAGCAGGUAGGGAUGAUCAAGGAAAAGUAUGAGCACCGGAUGCUGCUGAAGCACAUGCCCUCCGAGUUCCACCUCUUCCUGGACCACAUCGCCAGCCUCGACUACUUCACGAAGCCCGAUUACCAGUUGAUCAUGUCAGUGUUUGAGAACAGCAUGAAGGAGCGGGGCAUUGCCGAGAACGAGGCCUUUGACUGGGAGAAGGCGGGCAAUGACGCCCUCCUGUCCACGAGCACCUCCACCCCGCCCCAGCAGAACACGCGGCAGACAGCAGCCAUGUUUGGGGUGGUCAACGUGACGCCAGUGCCUGGUGACCUGCUCCGGGAGAACACCGAGGACGUGCUGCAGGGCGAGCACCUGAGUGACCAGGAGAAUGCACCCCCGAUCCUGCCUGGACGGCCCCCCGAGGGGCUGGGUCCCAGCCCCCACCUCAUCCCCCACCCUGGGGGUCCUGAGGCUGAAGUCUGGGAGGAAACGGAUGUCAACCGGAACAAACUCCGGAUCAACAUUGGAAAAACCCCCGCUGUGGUGGAGGAGGAGCAGAGCCGCGGUGUGGGGGUCCCCAGCUCCCCAGUGCGGGCUCCCCCAGACUCGCCGACAACCCCUGUCCGUUCUCUGCGCUACCGGAGGGUCAACAGCCCCGAGUCCGAGAGGCUGUCCACGGCGGACGGGCGGGUGGAACUGCAUGACAGGAGGUCACGGAUGGAUCUGCCUGGCUCACCGUCGCGCCAAGCCUGCUCCUCGCAGCCGGCCCAGAUGCUGUCAGUGGACACAGGCCACGCCGACCGGCAGGCCAGCGGCCGCAUGGACGUGUCAGCCUCCGUUGAGCAGGAGGCCCUGAGCAACGCCUUCCGCUCGGUGCCACUGGCCGAGGAGGAGGACUUCGACAGCAAAGAGUGGGUCAUCAUCGACAAGGAGACGGAGCUGAAGGACUUCCCCCCUGGGGCUGAGCCCAGCACGUCGGGCACCACGGACGAGGAGCCCGAGGAGCUGCGGCCACUGCCUGAGGAGGCUGAGGAGCGGCGGCGGCCAGGGCCAGAGCCCGCCGUCCGGCCCCGGGGACGCGGCAUGCACACGCUGGCCGAGGAGGACCUGCGGCUGACACCUGCCCAGCCCCUGCCACCCCAGCUGAGCCAGGCCGAUGGCCGGUCAGAGACAUCACAGCCCCCUACACCUGGCAGCCCUUCCCACUCGCCCCUGCACUCUGGACCCCGCCCCCGACGGAGAGAGUCGGAUCCCACGGGCCCGCAGAGACAGUUGGAGGAGGACAGACUCUCGGGGCACUCCCUCCCGCGGUACAGCCCCCUGCGACGACUGGCGUCCUCCGUGUUCUCCUCCUCCACGCUGGAGACCGAGCAUUACCCUCACCCUGGCGGCAGCGGCUCCUCCGGUUCCCUCAUUCAGCGCAGCCGCUCGGCGGAGAGCAGCCCCGUGCGGGCGCCCCACCGGCGCCACGCGCCCCUGGCCGCCGGCAACCACAGACUCGUGCCCUCGGUGCUCCGCAUCUCGCGGUCACAGCUGCAGCAGGUAUUCUCCGUGGCACCCCCGUUUGAGGUGAACGGUCUCCCACGAGCUGUGCCCCUGAGCCUGCCCUACCAGGACUUCAAGAAGGAUCUCUCCGAUUACCGUGAACGGGCUCGGCUGCUCAACAGGGUCCGGAGGGUGGGCUUCUCGCACAUGCUACUCACACCCCCCCAGGUCCCACUGGCUCCUGUUCAGCCUCAAACAAAUGGGAAGGAGGAAGAGGAGGAGGAGGAGGAGGAAGAGGAAGAAGAGGAGGAAGAGGAGGAGGAAGAAGAAGAGGAUGAGGAGGAGGAAGAGGAAGAUGAGGAGGAGGAGGAAGAGGAGGAUGAGGAGGAGGCAGUGGCCCUGGGGGAGGUUCUGGGACCACACAGCGGCUCCAGCAGCGAGGGCAGCGAGAGGAGCACAGACCGGAGCCAGGAGGGUGCGCCUUCCACACUGCUGGCCGAUGAUCAGAAAGAGUCCAGGGGCCGGGCCUCGAUGGCUGACGGGGACCUGGAGCCUGAGGAGGGCUCCAAAACGCUGGUGCUCGUCUCCCCUGGUGACAUGAAGAAGUCGCCCGUCACUGCCGACCUGGCCCCCGACCCCGACCUGGGCACUCUGGCCGCCCUCACCCCUCAGCAGGAGCGGCCCCAGCCCACUGGCAGCCAGCUGGAUGUGUCGGAGCCAGGCACCCUGUCCUCCGUCCUCAAGUCCGAGCCCAAGCCCCCUGGGCCUGUGGCAGGGCAGGGGACGGGAGCGGUGGCCAUCGGGGCAGGGGGAGUGGCAGUCACCUCCUCACCCUUCACCAAAGUCGAGAGGACCUUUGUGCACAUUGCGGAGAAAACUCACCUCAAUGUCAUGUCUUCCGGUGGACAAGCCUCCCGGUCUGAGGAGCUCAGCUCUGGGGGUGAGCUGGGCCUGGAGGUGCCCUCUGAUGGGAGGGUGGCGGAGGAAGGGGCCGCUGCACACCUGGAGAACGGCAUUGCCCUUUCAGGGCUUGAGAGCUGUGUCAUGUCAGCACCCCCGGGGAGCGGCCCCUUGGAGGUGACCACAGACUCACUGCCCAACGGCCCAGCCCUGGCUGAUGGGCCCGCCCCCGUGUCCCUGCUGGAGCCAGGCCCUGAAAAACUGGCCACCAUCUCUCCUAGUCGCCACGCCGUGCCAGGCCCUCGCCCCAGGAGCCGAAUCCCUGUCCUGCUGUCCGAGGAGGACACGGGCUCGGAGCCCUCUGGCUCGCUGUCGGCCAAAGAGCGGUGGGGCAAGAGGGCCCGACCACAGCAAGACCUGGCGCGGCUGGUGAUGGAAAAGAGGCAGGGCCGCCUGCUACUGCGCCUGGCCUCUGGGGCCUCAUCUUCUUCCAGCGAGGAGCAACGCCGCGCCUCUGAGACUCUCUCAGGCACAGGCUCCGAGGAGGACACGCCUGCCUCCGAGCCUGCGGUGCCCAGGAAAGCCGGGCGGGCAGCUGCCACCCGGAGCCGGAUCCCCCGCCCCAUUAGCGUCCGCAUGCCCACGCCUGCCACAGCCCAGCAGCCCCCCGACAGACCCCAAGGUGCGGCCCCAGCAUCUGACACAGCCAUCACCAGCAGGCUCCAGCUGCAGAAGCCCCCAGGGACGGCCAUUGCUGCUGACCUCCGUCCCAAACAGCCCUCCGGCCGAGGCCCGGGCCCCGGGCGAGCCCCAGCCGGCACCAGGCCCCCAGCCCCGCGCAGUCCCGGCCUCCCCGCCUCCUCCGCGCACCAUCCCAGCGCGUCCCCGCGGAGCCGGUCCUUGUCCCGAAAAGAGAGCCCCUCCCCUUCGCACCAGGCCCGGCCUGGGCCCGCCCCACCCCGGGGCGCCCCGCAGGCCCGGGCGCAGCCUGAAGGCACCCCCUCCCCUUUGGGGGGCCCCAAGAAAGGACCCAGAGGGAAAGUCCAGACUCAGCGCGCAGCAACCAAAGGCCGGGCGGGGGUCGCGGAGAGCCGGGCGGGGGCCAGAUAAUGAUGCGCGCGGCUCUCUGCGGCCCCCCACCCUCACCCCGGCCCCCCACCCGCAGCCGGCCACACUGAAACAGCUCCCAGCACAGCCUUAGGCGCCUGACGCGCGCCACCCGUGCACCCAGCUUCCCGCCUGCACCCGCGAGGACGCGCGCCAGCACACGCAGCGACCACCCGCCGGCCCUGCCAAUUGGGGAACCGGCCUGGGGGAGCGCCCGCCUCCCCAUCCUUCCCCUUCUCCGCCUCUCCUCCUGCUGCCCUUCAGGUGGGGCAGGCUCACCCUCCGCCCCGGGGAAGGCUCAGCGACUUUUCACCAAGGACUCCACUAAUGGGGACCCCUGCUCACCCACCAGGCCUCUGCUGUUCCCCAUGCUCCCCUAGGGAACUCUGCUUACACAUCCUGUGGCAUCUUUCCCUUCUCCUGACCCUCUUCCAGCCAAAGUCCGCCCCCCCCCCCAAUCCUGGCGCCCUUUUCGGAAAGGCAGCCUCAAAUUCCAGAAAUGGAGGCUUCAGCCUCCCACUAGGGGCUAAUCCCACCAUCCCCUGGGAGCUCAGGUGGUUGGAAAGACCUCUUCUCAGCUGCCAGACUGGAGUUGGGGAGGUGAGAUCUGGGAGCCAUUGGUCUACUCAGGUGUGAGGGCGCAGGUCUGACCUGCCGCAGAGUCAGCACCGUCCUUGCCACCCUUGUGGGAAGCAGUGGGCAGGUGAUGGGAGAAGGGUGCUCCCUUGCACCUCUAGGGUACAACGACCCCCUUCCCCUAAGUUUGUGUGGGAACCAUCAAGUGUGCGGGGGCUGCUUUCCUGGGCAAGUGUUUCCCAGUGGGAAGUUGGGGAGGGGCUUUAAAAAACGUUUCACCCCUUCCCUUGGUCCCCUCCCUGAUCUAGUGCUCAGGACCCCUCACCAUCAGGAAUUCCUUUUUGCCAUCUAACCUCAAUCUUGCCUACUGCAGUUUCAGCCAACUUCUCUCUCUCCUGAAUUCAGUGGGGGUGGAGAAUGGUUAUCAUCUUCUCUGCACUGGCCCUUGGGAGAUUCAGGGACCCAGUCCUGGCUGCAUCACCCUCCCUGUCCUCCUGGCCCUGGAGAGUGGGCUGGAUCAGACCAUCAUCUCCCCCAGAGGGAGAGAUAGCAGAAAUAGGCAGACAGACAGCUGGCCCCUGGACUCGAGGCAGAAAGGCCUUCUCACUUCUGGAUUGUAUGUUUCUAUGAUGGGUCCAGCCCCAGUGCCCCAGUGCCCUCCACCUCCAGCUCACCCUUCAGCCUGUCCCCUCUUGUCCAGCCCAUGCGGCUGAGCAGUCCCUGCUGAGGGCGAGGCCUGUGCUACUCCAUGAAUGGAUACGGGGCCUCCUCCUGGGUCUGGCUCCUGCAUAGCUCAUCCCCACUCAUCAUCAGCCUCAACUGCCUACAUCUGGGCCAAGGGGCUGCAGAGGGGAUAGCCAACCCUGCCCAUUUGGGACAGGCCCCUGCGGUCCUCCUCCAUCCUCGGCACCCCAGCUUCUGUCCCCUGGCAUGGCCCCUCUGUUCUUCCCUGGGUCACAGAAAGCAGAGCAAGACAGCCCGGGGAAGAGGAGUAAAGGCCUCAGCCUGCCCUAGUGGUCUGGCAGCAUCCAGCCGCCAUCACUUAGAAGGAUGCCUGUGAGGAAAUCGGCCCCGAGAGAAGCCUGGUGGCACCAGCUGAAGCCCCUGAUGGAGAGUCGGCAGGCUUGGGCAGCUGCUUCUAUGCCAAGGUGGUGGCUUCUCUGCAGACCAGCCCAGGGGACGACUUCAGGGUGGAUGGCCUUCAAGGUUCACCCUUCACUGACGCAGAAGCUCCCAGAACACUCAGGAAACCUCUCCGGACAGAGCCCUCUUUGUCAACCCGAGACCCAUCCCAAGGCCUCUACUGCCCUCUGGGUCCAGCAGAGGGGGUGGAGGAGGGGCCACUCCUUCCCACCUAGAGCUUCUUCGAAUGACAAUCAGCUCGUGCCAGGUGGGGACCAGGGCAUGACCCCUGGUGCCCAGGACCUGGGCUUGCUCCUUGCCACCAACCGAACCGUGAAUGUAGGGCCCCCCAGCCUCACCCCUGCCCCAGGACCAACAACACCCUGGUUUGGUGUUGGGAGGAAAAAGGGGGCGGCCUGAGAGAGCCCCAAACCCAUCCCACACUCUAGCUUCACCCAGCACUCGAGCUGGGCAGAGACGCAAAACCCUGUCUGCCCUUGGGAUUCCGGACCUCCCUAGGGCUCCCAACUGACCUCAGGCCUCUGCGUCAUUGAAUGUCACCGAGGUGGGGGAGGAGGGGAGGGGGCAAGUGUGUGGGGGGCUAAGGGACUGACUCUGCUCCUCCCCCCCGCCUCGGAAGGGUCUAGGGCAGAGGAAAACACACCUUCCAGUGCCCACCUCCCACUGCAGUCUCCUCCCCCUUGGGCACUGGUUCCUGCCCACCAAGCCCUCCCAGUCCUGAGCCCCUUUCUCUAUAAAAGAGUGUCACACCACCACCACCAGACCGUCCAGCAUUUCCCCAUCGCCACAGCCUGUGUCACUGGCUCAGAUGCAGGUCUGCUCACCCCAGAACAUGCCUCCCCUCCCCAGCCGCACUGUGCACGAAGAGGGUGCAGGUGAGGAGCCGUGCCCCCAGUAUGUGGGCUGCCCCCUUCCCAGCUCCUUGCAGGGGCCUGGCUUGCUCAGUCUUCUCAGCUGGGGUGGGGUCAGGGGGAAUCAGCCCUGGUGAGCAUGCGGUGAGGGGCAGGGAGUUGCCCUUCCCCUCCCUGGGGAAGCCACUGAAGAAUGUUUACAUGCCAAACAGAAUGUAACACCCUCCCCCACCCUUCCUAGUCACUGCAUGGCCUCUGCCCACCUUGCACCUGUCCACCCCCACCCCAGCACCCUGGAAGCCGCUGUCAUGAUUAGAUCGGGUCUCGGAAGGGAAGUAGCCAUCACACCAUUAAAAAGCCUGUGGACCUUU